AUGAAUGAGUCAACAUGGGAAAUCAUACGCGAGCUUAUGAUUCCGUACUUCAUUGCCGGCAUCGGCAUGGUUGCUGCUGGGUCCGUCCUCGACUAUUUCAAGCAAUGGAAAGUAUUUAUUGAAGUGCCUGAGGUUGUCAUAUUGGUUCCUGCUCUGCUUGGUUUGAAGGGCAAUCUUGAGAUGACCCUGGCUGCCAGGCUGUCCACUCAGUCCAAUCUAGGAAAGUUGGAUACAGUAUCAGAGUGCCUUGAGAUAUUUGGAGGCAACAUGGCUCUCACCCAACUGCAAGCUCUGGUGGUGGGUCUGCUGGCGUCCUUGCUGGCAAUCUUCUUCAGCUGGUUGCAAGCCAACGAUGUAAAUGGCUGGAAGGUUCUGAUGCUGUGUGCCAGCAGCUCACUCACUGCUUCACUGGCCAGCCUCUUUCUAGGACUUCUGAUGUGCAUGGUGGUGUUGUUUUCUCGCCAGCUGAAGAUCAAUCCCGAUAAUGUAGCCACUCCAAUAGCCGGCAGUCUCGGCGAUCUCACAACUACCAUCCUUCUCGCCAUUAUAUCCAAUUUUUUCCAUUCAUCUAUUGUACAGCUGCCUUCGUUCGUGUUUGUCAUAAUCAUACUCCUCAUCUGCAUGCUUCCAGUCCUAACUUGGAUCAGUGCAACUAACAAGUACACCAAACAUGUUCUGUAUUCUGGUUGGACUCCUAUCAUUGGAGCUAUGACCAUAAGUAGCAUCGGUGGAAUUGUGUUGGAUGAAACGAUCGUCAGGUACGAAGAGUUGGCAGUAUUUCAACUUGUAUUCAACGGCAUUGGUGGCAACCUGGUAGCCAUCCAGGCGAGCAAGCUAUCAACCUCCCUGUACAAGAUGGGCCAGCCUGGCCUCAUUGUCCACUACACCAUGACUGGACAUCGCACUAAUUUUCUGGGCGGGUUCUGCUGCGACAACUUGGGAUCCAAAUCGAUGAGAGCCCUGAUGUUGAUGGUGGUUCCCGGCCACAUGGUCUUCCUCCUGUGCAUCUGGACCGUGCAUCAAAACGAUCUGGAACUCAUAGAAGAGACUCACAACUUGAAAUUCACGUGCUUCUACCUGUCGGCCACGCUUAUACAGGUGUUAAUACUCUUGUACGCAGCCUAUUGGUUAGUAUUGUGGCAGUGGAACCUCAGUUUGGAUCCCGACACCUGCUCCAUCCCCUACCUGACCGCACUCGGUGACUUCCUCGGCAUCAUACUCCUAGCCGCUGCCUUCCAACUGCAUACCUAUUUCUGAAGAAUAUGUCCCAUACGAUGGAGCUUAUUUAUUAUUAUACUGCUGACUUAUCAUAGUAAUUAUUAUAUUCAUAUUAUUGUAAUUAUACGGUGGUUAAAUAUAUCAUCUAAGGUUAUCUCUUUUUUUUGUUUAAAUACGUCUUUCAUAAUUUUAAGAUGUACUACCUUCUUAGGUUUAUUUAUAUAAAUUUCCUAGUUUUAAUCUUAUUUAUGUUUCCAUUCAAGAAGAUUGGUAUUGUUUAUGUUCUAGAGGUUUACACACUUGACAUUCAAAUUAAGUUUUGCGUUCUUUGUUAUACAUACUCAUACAUACAGUGUUUAUUAUACACUGUCCUGUGCGUGUUUGCAUGUGAAUAUUUGACGAUGGUACUCGUAUGUAUAUAUUCCAUGCAAGAUGUGAUUGACAUUAUAUUGGUUGUUGCUUUCUGCACGUUAUGUUAAUUGAAUGUUUUUAUUUGUAAAUCAAUUAACAAUGUUGUUAAUUAAUGUUAUUAUAACAUUUUUUUUAUCUAAAUUGCAUUAAACUUAUUUUAACGCACAUAUCAGCAGCAGCAAGAUAUUAAAAAAUGUAUUGUAGUAAAAAA